GUUAUUUGUUAUAUUGAACAAUUAUAUUCAACCUAAUUAAUUUAAUAUAUGAUAUUCUACAGUCGAACACACUGAAAUAAACCCUAUUGUUGUUAGUACUUGAGAAAUGGAACUUGGGACUAUCGGCCCAAUUACAUUGGAUUCAACAACGAAUUGUACUGAUCUGCAUAGAGGACAAAAUAAUUAUCAGUCAAGUACACUAAUGCAACGUGCUAAUCUGAAUACAUGCAAUAUCAAUCCAACAGUAUGUGAUUUCUAUAAUCAUUCAGUUACACAACACUUAGAUGCUAUUCAUAUGGAUACUGAUAAUAACAAUACCAUUAUUACUACUACAAAUACUACUAAUAAUAACAACAAUAAAAUGAAAUACAAUCAGUACACUUCAAUUUCAGCGCCAUCCACUUUCACUUGUACAUUGAACAAUAAAUAUUCAAACGAUUUAAGUAAUUUAACAAAACCCUUAUCUAAUCCAGUGUUAUCAAAUGAUCGAUUAACAGAAUUAAUAACUAAUCGUCAUCACGAGGAUUCAUCAACAGGAAUUAUGUCAGUUAACUGUUCUAAUGAUAAAGCGUUAAUAAUGAAACAUUCAAAUAAAUCAACCAAUCAGUAUGAUCAGUAUACACUGAUGAAUAAAUCGUUUCUUAAUGAUUACAACAAUUUAACUAGUUUCACUGGAGUAAAUCCUGUAACAACGAAAGGAACUACAACUGGAACUGCAAAUGCAACCUCAGUUGCUAUAACGACAUCGGGAACAACACCAAUUACUUCAGUGCAUUCAAUGAAUAAUGCACCAACGAUUCCAGUGUCAUCAUCGUCAUCAUCUAUGCCUACAACAGCAACAACAACAACAUUAUCGAACGUCACACAACAAUCAUUUGUCAAAGAGAUAAGCAGAACACCAUCUCCAUCGACAUUAACUGACAAGAAACAAUAUCAGUCAAAUGAAAUGGAAUACGCCAAAUUUUCAAACCUACUAUCAGAUAAUCAUCAUAUAGAGAAGAGUAAUAAAAGUAAUGAGAAUAGCAGAAGUGACAACAAUGAAAACUCUCCCAAAUGUGAGCAAGAAUUGUAUACACAAUCAAAUACAAGUCAAUCUAUGCAUACAAAAUUAUUAUUACCAUCAAUGUUACCAAGUGGAGUUUUAUCAUCAGUAUCGUCCUCAUGUGUGUCAUCCUCCUCCCCGUUAUCAUCUUCGUCACCUCUGUAUCGAUUAAAUCAGUUGAUAAGUACAAGUGAACCUUCAUGUUAUAUGCGAGACGUAUAUACUCAUAGGCUGAUGAGUAUUCCAGUGUCAACAACGCAAGCUGUAACAACAGGGACAAGUGGAGGAAACAGUAGUGAAGUAGGAGUGAUAACAUCAAAUUCUACUGUCUGUCUAAAAAAUUAUUCUGAGGCUUCAACACCUUUAAAUGCUUCAUUUACAGUCAAUAAUAAAAUAUCUUUGACACAGGCAUCAACAUCAGUAGCAGCCUCAUCGGUAUUAAGUUAUGGGAACAGUGUUAGCAACAAUAAUAAUAAUGUAUUUCAUUUACAAAAUCCUAAUUCUCUAACAGGCAUAGAAAACUCGAAAUUCUCAGUUCAAUCACAUUUAGAACAACUUCCAUUACAGUCAAUAUGUACAACAACUAAUGUUACUUAUUCUACUCAUAUUACUUCUAGUCAUACAACAAACAAAAUUGGGUGUACAUCAGUAAUUCAAUCAGAACAACAACAACAACCACAACGAUCAAUAGAAACCUUAUCAACAUUCUCUAAUCCCUUAUCUAUGAUGUAUGAGAAUAUAAAUAUUAAAAAUGCAAUCAAUAAUACUUAUCUUCAACAUCAUUAUCAUCAGAAUCAGCUACAACAGAACCAUCCGAAUCAAAUACAAAGGCAUCAAUUGAGUGGUGCAUUGCCACCAGGACCACCUGGCCCACCACCAGCACUCCCACCCUCACAACAACAACAACAACAACAACUGAAAACACUCCUACCACCAAUGCAAAAUACAAAUUUACACUUGUCUAAUUUUCCAUAUUCAUUCAACGGUAAUAAUACUAUCCCUAGUAAUAAUAAUAAUACUAAUAAUAAUAGCAACUGUAAUACUUUACAUAUGCAUAGUAACAGUAUUAGUAACAAUAAUACCAAUAGUCUCACUGACAGAAUUAAUGCCACAUGUGAUGAAUUCUUGCCUUCAGAAUGUCGGUCAACAAGUGCAGUACGUUCAAGGAAAAAGCGUAAACCAUAUACACGUUAUCAGACAAUGGUUUUAGAAAAUGAAUUUAUGGGCAAUGCAUAUAUUACUCGACAGAAACGAUGGGAGAUAUCGUGUAAAUUACAUUUAACAGAAAGACAAGUCAAAGUCUGGUUUCAGAAUAGACGAAUGAAAAAGAAGAAAUUACAAUCACGUAAUCAUCAUCCAACUGGUAACAAUGCAAUGACUGGUAGUCUGUCGGAAACUGGUAAAGACGGAGUUGAAUGUAUGCUAGAGGAUGGAGAUGAUGAGGAUGAAGAUGAUGAAGACGAUCAAGUUGAAGAUGAUGGAGAUGAAGAUGAAGAAGAAGAUGAUGACGAUGAUGAAGGAAAGGAAGAUUUCGACGAAUUGGGAACUGGUAACAUAUUUGACAGACAUCAUCGUUUCCAUCAACACCAUCAUCAACAGCAGUAUAAUCGAAUUUUAAGUAAUUGUAACAGCCAUCUUGACCAUAAUAAUAAUAGUCUUAGUUUAAGAGGACAAUUAAAAGAAUUUACACUUUUGAAGAAAACUGAUAAAAAUUCAGAUACAACUACUAUUGAAGAAUAUGAAGAAGAUUCAUUGAAGAAUGAAUCUAAAACUAAAAGUGAACAUGAUCUGAAUAAUUUAAGUCCAGAUAUGUAUUUGAACACUACAUCAUCAUACUUUAUGGAAUCCAUUCAUGACUAUGGAGGUGGUAAUCAAGCAUUAUUGACAGACAUAAAUUACAGUAAUAAUAGUAAUAAUAAUAACAAUAAAAUGAGUCAUCGUAUGCCAUUCGAUAAGCUGUCACAUGAACUAUUUCAUCAUCCAUUUUAUCAUUCAUCAAUAGAAAAUAAUCUAAUGAAUUCUGAAUUUAAUUUGAAUCCAGUUAAUAUAAAUGUGAUGAAUAUGGAUAGAGAUUUACUGUUGGAUCCUUUAAAGGAAUCUAUGAGGAAUCAGUUGACUAAUCCAGAUUAUAAUAAGUAUAUUAACUGUUGUCCUGGCUGGUCAAGAGAGACUGGUAAUAGCCAGAAUGAAAUCAAUCUAUCUUCAUCAACGCCAACAACAACACCACGAACAUCCUCUGAAUCACUGAAUUACUUCACAGGGUUACCACCAUCUCCCAGAUGGAAUAAUAUGCAAGCAGAAUAUCCUCCACCAGUCUGUUGUGUGUCGGCUAAUCCAUUUCAUUCUGUAUCUAGUCUAAAACCGAAUCCUUUGAAUCAGUAUCACCCACCUCAUCCAAAUCUUGAUCUCCGUAACCAUCCGUAUAAUCAUCCCCAACACUUUUCAACUGUAAAACAGUCUGGAAUAAAUGAAUUGACGAAUCAAAGUGGAAGUCCUUGUGAAGCUGAGGUAGUGUCUGCACCAAUUAACGAGCAUAAUCUAGGCAAUAGUUUACUUGAUAAAGGUGAAUUGACUGUUGAUAACCAGUCAUAUUUGUCUCGACUUCAACGUUCUAUGCUGUAUCCGAAUUCGAAUUAUUUAUCUGGUUCAUGUGCUACAACAACAACGACAACAACAGCAACAACAGGUGAAUACCCUUCAAAAUCAUUAAAUUAUAAUGAAAAUAAUUUAAAUUUAUUGUCACAAUUAAAUACAACAUUCCUUUAUGAUAAUGAUGAGUCUACUAUAGACUUAACAAUUCCUAAUAUAAAUACCUCAGUGUCAACAGGACUAUCUUCAACAACGACCACGAUGAAUAACACAAGUAAUAAUAAUAAUAAUACUAGUAAUUUUAAUUUAUUCCCAUUGAAUGAAUCUGACUACUACGUUAAUCAGGUUGAUCCUAGUAAACAGUAUAAAUUUGAUAAUGACUCCUCAACACUAUUUCAAUGUUCUGUAUUACCGACUUUAACAUCAUCGACCUCAACACCAUUACUUGAACCAAGAUUUACUUCUUGUUGGCCUACUAUUAAUCAAAAGUACUUACCACCGCCAUCUACUGCAUUACAUCUUUUAAACAACAAUAAUAAUACUUCAAGUAAUGAGACUAACAUUUCGGUAGUAGAUGAUUUAGACCAAAGCAGUGAAUCAUUUACAAGCAGUCUGAAUAAUAAUAAUGAAUUAUCAUUAACAAAAAGUAUGUUCCACUCUUUACAGAAUUCCACACUUCAUAACCGUGAAACAGAUGAAGUAGGUUUACCGGUACCCAUGAAUGCAUGUAACACAUUCUCUAGAUUUACAGAUAUUACUGAUUGUAGCAAUCCAAAGAAUUUUCUCUCACCUACUUCACAUCACAAUAGAUCCUUCAACGUGAAUACAAAUGAAUUGAGAAAUUCAUAUUCCGAUGAAUUGAAUUUACCCUCGACUGUUGGUAGUAAUCAACAACGUCAUUCUCUGAAACAAAACACAUCAUUUACACAGUAUUCAGAAUCAUCACCGGAUACAACAUUUUCUCCCCUAUAUCAAUUGAACAAUGUCUUCAAUCAAGUUAAUCCGACGGAAUUCAGUUCUAUGCUUUAUUCAUCACCAUAUUUACAAAACUCACGUUCACUUAAUAAUUAUCCGCCUACAACAAAUGUGAAUGAUUUAGCUAUCCCCACUAAUCAUUCACACAAUUCCGACCUAUUCAACAAUUUAACUCAUUCAGUGAAUCAGUCUUUCAUUCAACCUACAAAUAUACUACUUCCCACUAGUAAAUGCAGUACAUCAACAAUCAACAACAGCAUUGGUAGUAGUAGUACACCUUACUUAAGUAAUUUAAGUAGUACAAGCAGUAUAAGUAAUAUUAAUAUGCCACUGGCUACAAUUCCUCCUACAAACACGACUUCAAUAACUUUGUCUUCAACUUGA